AUGAAUAGGGGGAAGAAAUCAAAACAACCCAGUUACUCAAAUCUACCCAAAAAACGCAAAAACACAACAAAUAAUCGCGAUAUUAUGCCUCCUCCUUCGCAAAAAAACACGGCCGAAAAUGAUUAUAGGCCACAACGAGUUGAUGAUUUCUUGAGUAAUAUGGAUCCAGGGUUUUUCGAAUCCGCCCCGGCAAAUUUCCAACAAAUGAACACCGGGUUUUCGGGUUUCGUGGGUGGUUCUCAAGUCGGGUUUUCAGGUUUCGCGGGUGGUUCUUCAAGCCACUUCGCGAGUCAACCGAAAGAAGAAGAAGAAGAGGAAGAAGAAGAGGUCGAGGAGGAAGCAAUACCUGAGACCCAAGUCCCCGUUAAAGGUAAAAGAGAGUGUAGAAAUUGGGGGAAGGAUGAAGAGGCGUGUUUGGCAAAAGCUUGGUUAAACGUUUUCGAGGAUCCAUAUGUCGGAAACGCACAAACAGCGGGUUCGUUUUGGGGGAAGGUGAAGUUUCAGAUGGAUUCACACUUGAAUCGUGAUUCGGGGCGUACCCCGGAAAUGUGUCGGUCGAAAUGGAAGGAUUUGAAGCAUAAGGUGUCGGGUUUUUGUGGUAUCUACAAUGUGAAGAAAAGUAAGAUGUUGAGUGGCCAAAGUGACGAGGAUGUGUUUAAGGCGUCUGUGGCAUUGUAUAUGCGGAAAUACAAUAAUAAGUCCGGGUUUCCGCAUGUAGAGGCGUGGCAGGUUUUGAGGAGAGGACCGAAAUGGUCGGAGGUUCUUACUUUGGAGGGGAUUUGUGAGGAGUCGGGUAGCAAACGAGCAAGAACGGAAGGGAAGAGGAAGGAGGGAAUUGAUGAUACACCCGUACAUCCUGCUAGACCCGUCCCACCCCGCUGUAAAGCUAAGGGUAAGCAGCCUGCUCCUUCCGCCUCUACUACAUCUGAGGAGUUCUUGAAGAUGGUUGCGGAGUUGAAAUGCGACAAUGAGGAUAAAAAACGAGCUCGGGAGGAGAAGAUGCAGAUGCAGAAGGCGAUGAUGGAUAACUAUAUGGCGGCGGAGGAGGCUAGGAAGAAACGGGAGGAGGAGAUGAUACGGAUGGUCCAGAGUCAGCAGUGA